UAGUGUCAAUAGAUAGUGCGACAUAUGUUGACACGUCUGAUCGAGAUAAAAACAUGACUGUGAUUCGUAACGCAAAGAUUAGCGUUUAUCAAAUUUCUGUUGAGGUGCACAAAUAUCGUGCUUGGUUUUGAUGACAUACAUGGACCAAGUACAAUAAAGAUGGUUCUUGGCAGCCAGUCUACAGAGUCCGGCCAUAGAUAUAUAGCAAAAAUAUGCGGUUUCUUCGCGCCUGCUUUCUUCCCUCCUCUUCAUAUUGGCGUCCUGUAUUAUUUCUGGAACCAGUACGCCCGAAAAGUUGACAGACAUUUCUGUUCCUGCUCUUGCUGGGAUACAGUAUUUAAAGGUACGUACGAGUCGGGCAUUGCCUCGUACAAGCACAUGUACUUCAACGCAACGUCCAACACGCUCAAGAUGUGGGUGGUGACGGUGGUGUUCGUGCUGGGGCUGUACGAGUGCGUGCGCUACCUGGCGCUGCUGGCCCUGCAGCACCGGCUGCGUGCCUCAAUGCUGGUGCUCUUCCUGUCCUCCAUCUUUGCGCACUACUACGCGUGGUGGGCAUACGUAAACUACUGGAACGACGAGUUCUACUCGCAGUGGAACCACCAGCUGUUCUUCACCGUCACGGAGCUGGCCUCGACCGCCCUCGUGCUGCGCAUGGCGGACGCCAGCUUCUCCGUGACACCGCGAGCAGCUUUCGGAGUGGCGGCCAUCGCGACCCUGCACCUCGUUACCGGUGCACGUGACCAGUUUGUCGAUAAUCUCGUCCGAGGUGCGGGUCACACUCACCAGGUGGUCCGUGACUUGGGUCUCAUGGUGCCGGACGUGUUGCACCUGGUGCUACCGUUGGUGGAACUGGCGCGCAGCAAGCACCGCGCGUCGGCCAGUUUCGGCAGCCAGCUACGCCGCGAAAUGACGGGCCUCGUCCUGCUUGUCGUGGGCGGAUUCAUCGUUUGUGAGCAGCUGUAGUGUGGCUCUGGGUCGGGGUUUGCCUGACCCCACACUGCAGAUUCUGAUACUAAAUUGUGUGCUGCAUUUAGUUCUGGGUUUGCUACACUUCUUGCAUCUUGGAGCAGAUUUUGUGUAUUUUGUUGAACUCCACACGUCUCCUCAGAAGCCUUUUGCUCCAGGUCUGGAAGGUGGAAGUAUGUUUAUUCGCUAAGGAAAUUAGAUCGUCACUUAAUCCAGGCAGCUCUUCAUUUCUCUUCUAUAGAUUGUCAACCGAUGUUUCUCUCAUUUUAUUUAAGGAGCUUACAUGCCCAUUUAAAAAAAUUAGCGAGCAAACUGUUGAGUUUAUCUGGGAUAAUAUUUC